AAGACCACAAACCAACAACCAAAACUGAAGCUCCAUUAUUAACAGACAUCUAUCCAAAAUUUCCACCGGUGUCGUUCACGGUCACCACACGUUGUCUCGUGUCUCACUCUCACGACCCCUCUCCCCUCCCUCGCCUAUACUCUGCAUCGAGUAAAAUUCCAGAAUCCCAACAAUUUAUAAAUACAUAUAGAUACAAAAGUGAAUACGGAUACAGAGUACAGAUUCUGUAUCGGGUUUGCACAUGUUGUCCGUAUUCUUACUGUAAGAGGUUUAUAUUGAGUGGAUGCAUUCUGUAUCCGUAUUAUGACAUCUUUGGUUGAGGUAGACUGAAUGUAUUAUGUUAGCAUCUGUUUAUAAUGAUGCAUAGUCAGGAAAAUUAAUAAGCAGAAAACGAUGUAUGAUGUGAAAAAAACGUCAUGUGAGACGAAUCGACGGGAAACUUCACGUUAGAAUUCUUUACCGAUUAUGCAAAGACAUACUUUGGCUGCAACUGAAACCGAGAACGAUUUGUGAAACUGUUAGUAAAAACAUCACAUUUUACUCUUUUAUCGGCACUUUGACAUAGUGUGUAUUUAGGGGAGAGGCGAAUACUAAAGUAGUGUAUUCAUAAGAGUCGUUUUACGUACUUUUUCGAAUAUGCUUAACGAAAACAAUGCGUAUAUAUUUGUUACCUUAUAAAAUUUUGAAAAAGUUUGUUUAAUACAUAGGGCACUCCAAAAGUUUUUUCCUCUGGCUCUCUUAAAAGCCGUAGUUUAAGUUGAACUAUUCUAUUAUAAUGGUUAGACAUAUUUAGGAUUAUGUGCAAAAGUGCACAUUUAAAAGUCUUGUGCGUCGCUGUAUUUUUAAAUUUCUUUCAGAUCAAAGAUAUAAAAUUUUUUAUAUGAAUUUUGAACUCACGUGAAUAAUUUCGAACAAUGAUUUUAUAUGACUGGAAAACUGGCUUAACGCACAAUGCAAGUCAUGUCCGUUUAGUGCAAGCAUGGGGGGACUAAGCGCCUUCUGAUCGUACAGUUCGCAAUUGGUAUCAUGAAUUUGACCGUAGCAAUUUCAGUGUUGAAGAUGCUGCCCGUUCAGGUCGUCCUCGAACUGCGAUCAACGAAGAAACAAUUGAUGCUGUCCGAUCAAUAAUCGAAGAUGAUCCUCAUUCAGCAUACGAACAAAUUGAACACACCUUGGGCAUUGGUUCGUCAGCGGUCAAUUCAAUUAUUCAUGAAUAUUUAAAGUUGCACAAGAUGUGUACUCGAUGGGUUCCUCAUCAACUCACCAAUGACCAAAAACAGUUCUGUAUUCAAUUGUGUCGAGAUUCACUUGAAAGAUUUGAAGGAGGUCAAUCCUGUCGUGUAUUCGACAUUAUAACUGAUGACGAAUCAUGGUUCUAUCAUUAUGAUCCAACAACAAAAGAGCAAUCAAAAGUUUGGGUGUCACAAACUGAUCCGCGAUCAACCAAAGUUCAUCGAUACAAAAGUUCCGGCAAGCGAAUGGUGGCGAUUUUCCACAUGAAAUCCGGUUUAAUCAAGUCCAUACUAUUAGAACGUGUUGAAACGGUAACAAAGAGAUGGUAUGUCGAUAGCUGUCUACCACAAGUCUUCGAAACAGUAUCGGAAUGGCGACAAAAGACUGGUCUUCGUGGUCUCAUUUUGCAUGAUGAUAACGCGAGGCCGCAUAGAGCCGGAAUUGUUCCAAAUAAAAAUGAAAUUAAAUAA